AUUUUGCUGUUUUAUGUAAGCCGCUGGCGCGCGCCUCCGAAUGUUAUACAAGGAGGAAGCACGCGCUGCGGGCUAAUACCAAGGUGUCAGUAGACUAAUCCUGAGGUGUCUUAAGAGAGCUUGGGUGGCCACCAGAGCCAUGUCUCAAAAGGGAAAGUCACUCAAAUCCAAAAAAGCAUCUGGAAGCAAGAUGUCCGAUGGGAGUCAGGAAGAUGAUUUAAAGCUGGAUUCCAAAAAAAUAAAGUCACCCACUACCAAAGGCCCAGAAAAGCGCAAGCCUCUAUCUAAGCAGUCUAGCCUAGGAAAAGCUAUAUCGCAGUCAAGCAGUAGUGAACAUUCUGAUGUUGAUGCCAAAAAGAGGAAGAAGCAGAAUGAUUUAGAAGCCAGUGGUGGUUCUCUUCUGGAGACUAUCCAGAAGUCCCGUCUCAAUGCAGCUUUGUCUGUUUCAGAAUUUAAAUUCAACAAGAAGAGAGUUCGACUGGUAUCUAGUGAGGCAGAUCUAAAAGAUGAUGCCCUGGGUAUUGUGUAUUGGAUGUCACGGGAUCAAAGAGCUCAAGAUAACUGGGCUUUCCUUUACGCUCAGCGUCUGGCUCUCAAACAGAAGUUGCCUUUGCAUGUAACUUUCUGCCUGGUGCCCAAAUUUUUGAAUGCUACAAUUCGGCAUUAUGGCUUCAUGGUAAAGGGCCUACAAGAGAUUGCCGAGGAGUGCAAUGCCUUGAACAUUCCUUUUCACCUACUUAUUGGAUAUGCUAAAGAUGUUCUUCCAAGCUUUGUCAAGGAGCAUGGCAUUGGCGGGGUGGUAACUGACUUUUCCCCCUUGCGUGUCCCAAUGCAGUGGGUGGAGGAUGUUUGUGAGAAAUUGCCCAAAAAUGUACCACUAGUGCAGGUGGAUGCUCAUAACAUUGUCCCAUGCUGGAUUGCCUCCAACAAACUGGAGUACGGAGCUCGGACCAUUCGCAAGAAAAUCCACGAUCAGCUCUCUCAGUUCUUGACAGAAUUUCCUCCCCUCAUACAGCACCCUUACACCUCAAAAUUUCAACCAGAACCUAUUGAUUGGGAUCAGUGCUAUGCCAGUCUUGAAGUGGACCGAACCGUAAAAGAGGUUGAAUGGGCUAAGCCAGGGACCAGUGGAGGAAUGGCUGUACUUCAGGAGUUUUUAUCAGAAAAGCUCAAAAAUUUUAAUUCUGACCGAAAUAACCCAAACCGGAAAGCUCUCAGUAACCUGUCACCGUGGUUUCACUUUGGGCAGGUUGCUGUGCAGCGAGCCAUACUAGAGGUGCAGAAGUAUCGCAGCAAGUACAAGGAAUCUGUAGACAGUUUUGUGGAGGAAGCAGUGGUGAGGAGAGAGCUGGCUGACAACUUUUGCUACUUCAACAAAAAUUAUGACAAAAUAGAAGGUGCUUACGAUUGGGCUAAAAAUACAUUGAAAGAUCAUGCAAAGGACAAGAGGACUCAUUUGUAUAGUCUGGAGAAACUCGAAGGUGGCAAGACUCAUGAUCCCUUGUGGAAUGCAGCACAGUUGCAGAUGGUUCAUGAAGGGAAGAUGCAUGGCUUCUUGCGGAUGUACUGGGCCAAAAAAAUCCUUGAGUGGACCAGUUCCCCAGAAGAGGCUCUAAAUUUUGCAAUUUACCUUAAUGACCGAUAUGAGCUGGAUGGACGAGAUCCCAAUGGAUAUGUAGGUUGCAUGUGGUCAAUAUGUGGCAUACACGACCAAGGAUGGGCAGAACGUGCUGUAUUUGGGAAGAUCAGAUACAUGAACUAUCAAGGCUGUAAGAGGAAAUUUGAUGUGGGAGAGUUUGAGCGUCAAUAUCACCCCAAAAAGUUCAGUUAACUGAAUAUUUUUAGCGUAAUGCAGGAAUCUUCAUCAUAUCCUCAGGGAGCUUUGUCAUAAUGAUUUUGGUCUGUUACAUUAUUUCUCUGUGUUAA